GACUGCGAACAACCCGCAUCAAUCACUCAAAAUGCGUCAACUCACUGAACAAGAGACAAAAACGCUUUUCGAAAAGCUGGCCAACUAUACUGGUCGUUCGUUGAACAAUCUUAUUACUACAUCCGAUGACCCCAAUGACCGAUAUGUAUUCCGUCUCCAUGGAAAUCGUGUCUAUUAUAUGAAACUGUCCUUGGCCAAUCUUUCGACAGCCAUUCCUCGCGCAAACCUUCUCUCACUUGGUACCUGCAUCGGAAAGUUUACCAAGAGUGGUCAGUUUAGGCUGCACAUCACUGCUUUGGAUGUGAUUGCUCCCCACGCGAGAUACAAGGUCUGGAUCAAACAGAACGGAGAGAUGCCCUUCCUGUACGGUGGAAAUGUGGUAAAGGCACACGUCAACAGGUGGUCAGACGAUUGUCCAGAACACGCAGGUGUUGUUGUUUUCAACUCCAAUGAUACUCCUUUGGGCUUUGGAGUUACUGCCCGGUCUAGCGCCGAAGCGAGGAAAUUGGAGCCAACAGCCAUUACCGUGUUCCGCCAGGGAGAUAUAGGAGAAUACCUGAGAGAGGAAGAUACUCUCUUUACGACGUAAAGGAAAAUCGUUGCAUACGCGGGAUCAUUCAUGGAAUUUGGAUGCUAGAUACCUGGGGGUUCUCGCAGGAGUUCUGGAGUCAUCUGUCUGUUUCAAUAGAAAAGUUUCUACCUUUAUUCUUCAACAUACUGUAUCCAUAAUCAUAUGCGAUCACAA